AAAACCUAUAAAAAUUAAUAUUCUGAUAGGCUAACAGUAACAGUUCCUUCCCUUGUUCAGAUGUGUCCAGUGACAAGGCUCUUUGACUACUUUGAUCACUACCACGUCUGGUGUAGCAGAGGGCAUUGUAGCUGUUACUACUAAUCAUGGACAUGCUGUUAACGCUACUCUGUCUUAUUAGCUAUCAGACAACUGUCAUUACAGGGAUGACCUUUCACCAGCGGUCUAACUCAGCCCCAAUAGAAAACAUCAUGGAAAUAGACUCAGAGACGCCCACAAAUUUGACAGAUAUCAGCCAUCUUCAACACCACGUACACAAGCGUAGUGCAGUUUUAUUGUGCUACCAGAUGGACCAAACGCUUGGGCCGACCUGCCUCAGCUACCUUGGCUACGGUUGCUUCUGCGGGUUGGGUGGUCACGGUACACCAGUGGAUGAAGUGGACAAAUGUUGUCAGACUCAUGAUCAGUGCUACGGUAGGGCUCCUUGCACAUUUCACUGGUACACCAUCUUCGUCCACUACCAUGUCUCGUGUAGCGAUGGCCGUUGUCAAUGUUACAAGCCGGACGAGGGCGCAUGCGCCCACAGUGUCUGUGAAUGUGAUCGCCAGUUUGCUGAGUGUCUCCGGAGCAAGUCUUUGAGUCCAAACUACAGACAAUACGACAGAAGUAAAUGUUAAAAUGUUAUGAUACAUUCAUUCCAUUGGUUUUUCUAAUAUUUUUAAAAACAUUAAACAGCGUUA